AUGAUCAUCAAUGAUCUUAGUGCCGUGAAGCUCGUUGAGGGCGUCCGCGUAGUGUUAAAGUUGGAGGUCUUAUAUGCUUCCUGGAGAAGGACAUAUGCUUUAAGCGUGGAGUUACAGUUCUGGAAAUGCGCCGCGGGACUGGCUUUGUAUAUAGUACUGAGAACUACAAUUAGAGUUAUAUGUGUUCUUGUUGAGUGGGUAGAGUACUACUAUCACCAGCAUGAACAGCCAGUAUACGUAUGUUUUCAUCUUCAUCCUCGGGAUAAAGAACUGGUUCUUCUGGAAGAGUAUAUUUGCCCUGAAGCAGGUCCCAUGUGUCCGGAUUUCAUGAGUUUAGCCUGGCCUUUAAGCUUAGGAACAGCUUUAGAUAUGUUGAUAUCGAACGGGUCUUUGGACGGCGUCAUUAUCGCCGUGGAGGCUUUCCUACCCGCGAAACCGCGUAUAGUAGCGAUUUGA